GAGGCCUGCACUGGGUGAAAAGCGGUCCUGGGGGCUCCGCCUUGCUUCACUGGCUUCCUCGAUUUCAUUGGUUAAAAGGAAGGUGACCCUAGGACCAAACGGACAGACAGAACUGCCACUGGAAAGGGAGCAACCUGUUCAUUCAGGAAAUUAGCAACACCUGAGCAUAUGCAGUCAGGACUCUGGGCGCGGUGGCUGAGCAGCCGAAAUUGAUUUAAAUGUGGUCAUGCUUAAGGAAUCCAGAGUUGUUCAUAUGAAUGCCAGUCAACAAUCCUGUUACGAAAAUGUGCUUAUCCCAAAGUGGCAUGAUGUAUGGACACGGAUACAGAUCCGGGUAAAUAGUUCCAAACUGGUCCGAGUCACCCAGGUGGAGAAUGAAGAGAAACUGAAGGAGCUAGAGCAGUUUAGUAUCUGGAACUUUUUUUCCUCCUUUUUAAAAGAGAAAUUGAAUGACACCUAUGUUAAUGUGGGUCUGUACAGCAGAAAAACCUGCCUCAAAGUUGAGAUUUUAGAGGAAGACACCAAAUACAGUGUCAUUGUGACUCGGAGAUUUGACCCCAAACUCUUCCUCAUUUUCCUCCUUGGAUUUACACUAUUUUUUUGUGGAGACUUGUUGAGCAGAAGUCAAAUCUUCUACUAUUCUACUGGGAUGAGUGUGGGAAUUGUGGCCUCUUUACUAAUCAUCAUUUUUAUAGUGUCCAAGUUUAUGCCCAAGAAAAGUCCCAUUUACAUCAUCCUGGUAGGAGGCUGGUCCUUUUCUCUAUACCUCAUUCAGCUAGUUUUUAAAAAUUUACAAGAGAUCUGGAGGUGUUACUGGCAGUAUCUUUUAAGCUAUGUCCUCGCAGUUGGGUUCAUGAGUUUUGCAGUCUGUUACAAGUAUGGGCCUUUGGAGAAUGAACGAAGUAUCAACCUGCUGACCUGGACCUUGCAGCUGCUGGGCCUGUGUUUCAUGUAUUCCGGCAUCCAGAUACCACACGUUGCCCUUGCCGUUAUCGUCACUGCACUGUGUUCUAAGAACCUGGAGUACCCUAUUCACUGGCUGUACAUCACCUACAGAAAGAUGUGUAAAGCAACAGAAAAGACUGUUCCCCCUCGUCUUCUGACAGAAGAAGAAUAUCGGCUACAAGGAGAGGUGGAGACCCGAAAGGCUUUAGAGCAGCUUAGAGAAUACUGCAACAGUCCAGACUGCUCAGCUUGGAAGACUGUUUCUCGAAUUCAGUCUCCAAAGAGGUUUGCUGACUUCGUGGAAGGUUCUUUCCACCUUACACCCAAUGAGGUUUCUGUCCACGAGCAGGAGUAUGGCCUAGGGAGCAUUAUUGCCCAGGACGAGCUCUCUGAAGAAACGUCCUCCGAGGGGGAGGAUUCCGAUCCUCGGUACCCCGGGCAGCAGAACAACUCCCUGACUCGGGUGGACUGACCGCCGCUCGGCGGCCCAGGCGGCCUGUGUUUGGUGUACAGUUGCUUCUCAAGUCUUUGAAGCCGGGUGAGGGACUGCAGGAAUUCUUCCACGGAAACUAGAGGCCUGAGUAGACCUCCCUCUGGAAGUGGUCUCGGUGGGGCCUCGGGGGGCUCCCGAGGAAGCAGAGCGGAUAACAUAGUGGCUGCUUCCCGGUGCCUCCCGUUGGCUCAGCUCUCAGCCCACGUUUUUGUUUCCGGAGAAACUGGAUUGCCACAACUCGCCCAGGGCAGUCCAGUUCCUCUUUGAAGUUGGCUCAGUGUGGCACUUCAGACUUGGAAGUGAUACCUGUUACAUGUGAAUUCAUGCUUUCAGACUAUGGCCACAUCUUCAGAGACAAAUCCACAAAUCUGAGCCUCUUACUUCUGCUUUCAUUUCAGUGACUUUAGCAUAAUCCUGUUUUAACUGUUCUAGGAGGAAAAUGGAUUAUCAUUUGCCUGUCUUGUUUUUUAAAUUAAUACAUUUUAAAAAGUGAAACUAUGUUCCAGCACUAGCAGGUGCUCCAGAGUGACCAGCCUCCCACAUAUUUAUUAAUAUGGGUUGUCCAUUAAAGCCCCAGUAACUCUUGUCCUGAACUUUGAGUUAAUUCUCACACCUAUGAUAUUCUAAGUCCUGCUUACUUUAGGAACAUGCCUGCAGGCGCUUCUGUAGAUGAGCUCUGUUGGGGGUUUUAUUAUAUUGCAUUGGCCAACAAGUUUGGGAUUUUCCAUAAGCUCCUUAUGGAAACAAAUUUUUUGGCCAACCCAGUAUUUAACUUCCAAUUCCAAAUAGGCUUUCAGGCAUCCCUUCCAGUUCCUCUUUGUUCCCUUUGCCCUUUCAAGAAUGGUCUAUUCUCUCACGUCUGAGUAUGUAC